AUGAUUGUCAAUAAGUAUUGGGAAAGGAUUAGGUUAAACCCUAACUGGCCAAUUAAGUCAUUGGCAGACACCAUUACAACAGAGCACAAUGUCAAAGUUGACCUGCAGAAAGUGAGAAGGGCAAAAAUUAAGGCUCUCACAAUAAUUGAGGGUACUGCAUCUGAACAAUUUGCAAUGCUUUGGGGUUAUGUAGAAAAGAUUAGAAGUAGUAAUCCAGGAACAACAAUUUCCAUGAAGGUGAAAGAAGUUCCAAAAGUUCAUGAAGAGGAUGCGCAAAUGCCCAAGUUUAAGAGAUUGUAUUUGAAGAAGAGUUUCCAAAAUGCUUGUAGACCAGUCAUUGGAGUGGAUGGUUGUCAUUUAAAAAGGCCACAUGGCGGAGUGUUGUUGACUGUAGUGGGGAUGGAUGCAAAUAAUUGUAUAUUCCUAUUUGCCUAUGCCAUUAUUGAGAAGGAGAAGAAGAAAACACGGUUGUGGUUUCUGAAUUUGUUGGGGAAAGACUUGAAUAUUGUGAAUUCUCAUUAUUACACUUUCAUAAGUGACAAACAGAAGGGCCUAAUUGAUGCAGUGGCUGAGCUCUUUCCAAAUGUCUCACGUAGGUUUUGUGUGGGUGCAGUUGGAUGGAUUCCUAGAUGGAAUGGGGGUUCUCAAUAUGAAGUUGUUGGCCCAUAUGGUGAGCAAUAUAAGGUGGACUUGAAAGAAUGGACUUGUGGAUGUAGGAAAUGGGAUCUGUCAGGCCUUCAUUGUGUCCAUGUUGUGGCUGCUGCAAACUAUAUGGAUGAAAAACCAAAAAAGUAUGUGCAUCAUUACUAUAAAGUUGAAAACUACCUGAGGAUUUAUAAGAACAUGUUGACUCCAAUCAAUGGUAGACAAGUCAAUAUGGUAAAGUGCUACCACCUGAUGUAA